AUGUCUGCACAGAAAAUUGAUUUGACCAAAUUGAACCCAGAGCAGCUAACCAUGGUCAAACAACAGUUUGACCAGGAACUGCAACAUUUCUCGCAAUCGCUGCAAGCGCUGAACGUGGCCAGAAACAAGUUCAAAGAAUGCAAAGAGGACAUUGAAGCUGCACAGAAGCUGGAAAGCGGGAAGCAGGAACUUCUAGUGCCAUUGUCUGGAUCUCUCUACGUCAAGGGCUACGUCAAAGACGCGGAGAAAUUCAUGGUUGACGUUGGGACCGGCUACUAUGUGGAAAAAUCGGCUACUGAGGCCCUCGAGUUCUACGACAAGAAGAUCUCGAAGCUCAACCAGGAAUCCGUGCAGAUCCAGAACAUCAUCAAGGAGAAAAGCCAGUCGUCUAUGGCCGUCGAGGGACAUAUCCGCCAAGCGGCGAUCAAACUUCACGAACAACAAAAAAGUGCCUCAGCACAAACCAGUCAGUAG